AUGACCACUGUCGUUUCUCGGACUUCCGCUGUCCAUGUCCCUAGCACAUCGUGGCAGGAUCGCCUUCAAGACUACUGCCGCAUGGCUGAACUGCAGCCUCCCGUCUUCCAAAUGUACUCUGAUCGUCGAGGAGGGCGCACGGCCUGGUCCAGCAGAGUCACCGUUGAUGGACAUUCCCUCUCGGCCAGGUACUGGUACGACGGCAAAUACAUCAACAACGCCAAGGAGGAUGUCGCCGAGGUGGCCUACUGCUGGCUCGUCGGAGCCUAG